AUGGACGGCGCCGUGAGCUCUCGGCUCGGCGCGCAGCUCUUCCUCACCUUGCUCACGUCUGCCGUGUCUCCCGUCCGCUGUGUUACCCUCGCCAACUCCCAAGCGAAAGCUCUUGCGGACUUGCAAAAGGAGGUGGGGCGCACUUUCAGUGGGUGGACGGUGGGCGGCAACUGCAGCACUAAUCAGCGACUCACCUGUGACGCCCAGGGCAUGGUGACUGCCAUAGAUCUAAGCAUGAGCAACAUAACAGGUCCAUUCCCAAUGUCAACCAGCGCUUUUAGCAGCCUCACAAAGCUAGAGAUCUACAGCAACAAGCUGGAUGGUCCGAUCCCAGCAUCUAUAUCCAAGCUUCAGCGCGUGAAAUGGCUGAAUUUGUGUGCCAACCCAUUCACUGGAUCGAUCCCAUCUGCCAUCUACAGCAUGAUCAGCCUCGAACACCUGUACGUAGCAGGAAACAACUUUACCGGACCAAUUCCAUCCUCUAUUGGUAGCAUGACCAACCUGGUGAACGUAGCUCUGGCUUACAACAAAUUGAGUGGUUCCAUACCAGCCUCAAUUGGAAACCUUCUGCAACUCACCUACUUGGGUUUGGUCGAGAAUACGAUUUCCGGAACUGUUCCAUCAACAAUAGGCCGCUUGACUAAUUUGAGCGUGCUUGGGCUCAUGAAAAACAACUUGACCGGCUCAAUACCUGCAACAGUUGGCAACCUUCGAAAUCUGGAGAUAUU